UUUUCUGGCGGCAACAUGGGUCUAUCGGGGCGGAAAACGAAGCAGCGCAUAGGCAACGACCCGCGCAAUCUCACAUGGGCAGAUGACGCAGCAAAAUUCGGCGCAACCUACCUCUCGAAGUUCGGGUGGGAUGCGUCUAAGGGUCUGGGAGCGGAGGGUGAAGGGCGUCUAUCGCACAUAAAAGUGUCCCAGAAACUGGACAUGCUGGGCAUCGGUGCAGCGCAACAAAAAGACCCCAAUGGGAUCGCUUGGAAGCAAAAUCGCGACUUUGAACGAGUGUUGGAGCGCCUCAACGCUACCCAAGACCCUACCAAAUCAACACCAGCCCCGGUCUACUCGGAUUUUGUGGCCGCUUCUGUUGCUGCUGUCGACGCGGUGAAGCCUGUUGUCCCGCGACACAGAGCACACCGCGCCCGAGCCAUCGCUGCUAAAAACAUCGCCUCCAAAUCAGCUGCCGCGAUAUCUGAAAUCCUGGGCGUGGCCAGCAGCAGCUCUACCACCGCCGCAACUCCCGAGGGCACACUGACACCCUGCGGAGACAGCCCAGACGACAACCUCAUCACAACCUCAAAGAAAAGCGUCGCCGAUUAUUUCAAGGACAAACUUCUCGCCAAAUCGGGCAAAUCCACGCCUGCCCCAGCCACGCCUGUCGACGAUAUUGAUAUGCCCAGAGGCGGGAUCGGUUCACGGACCCCACGAAUGGCAAGCGACGAUGCUGAGGCGGCCACUCCAAGAUUCGGUAUUGGAAGCAGCAGGCAACCAUCCUUUAUGCCCUCGACUUCGGCACUGCCUGUCCCAGAGGAAAAAGCGGAGGAGGGCAAAGCAGAGAGCAAGUCCGAGAAGCGGAAGCACAAAGACAAGAAGGGAAAAGCUCGAGAAAGCGAUGUGGGCGAACUGACCGUAUCAGAGGCGAAGAAGGAGAAAAAAGCCAAGCGACGAAAAGAUAAGGAGGCUGACGUCGUGCAGCCAGAAGAACCCAGCGACGAACCUACCAAGAAGAAAAAGAAAAGACGGCGAGAGAACGACAAGACGGAGGACAAGUCGGAGUCUAAGAAGAAAAAGAGACGGGUAGAAGAGCCUACAGCAACGGUAGAAAUGGCCAAGGAAGAUAGAAAGAAGGCCAAGAAAGAGAAAAAACGGUUAAAAGCAUUAGAAGAUAGUACAACGUAG